AUGGCUACGCCGUGGAAGCUGCCCGAUGUCGGUGAGGGGGACGUUGUCGGUCUCGUAUCUGAUACGGAGGGUGACGGACGAGUCAGCUUUGUCGGCGUUGCACGCGUCGUGGCCCGAGGAGGACUGAGGGACCAGCUGGAACGUCUCCUCCGGCAUCGUGCGGAGGGCGUCGACAGGGACGAGGGCAAGUUUGCGGACAUUUUGUGCAUCAUCGAUGACCACGGAAGCAAGCCCGCUCUACCAUCUUUCCCGCUUCCGGCACCUGCUAAGCCGCUUAUGCCUCCGCCAGAGAGUGAGGCCCCGGCGAAGGAGGACGCAGCCGACGAGGCGGCUGAGGCUGUCGCCGAGCUGACCGUCGAGGACAAGGGCGAGCCCCUGACUGCCAGCGAGGUGUCGACUCUCCUGUCCGCGGCGCUGAUGCAGACGCUCGCCUUGCUAUCGCCCUCUCAGCUGCCGCUGCCGAGUUCGCAGCUGUACAGCGCGCACAUCCUGCCAAACCGGCCGGCGUACAUUCCCCCAGAGCGACGGGACGACGUCGUCAUCGCGCGCAGCGAGUGGAAGAAGCUCGCCAAGUGGAUGAAGGAAUUGAACAAGGACGGCAUCAUCAAGACGAAGGAGACCAAGGGCGAGGUAGUCGUGACUUCAUUCGACCCCGCGCACCCCGCGAUCCAGGCGCACCGCCCCUUCAAGACGAUCGCCGAGGACGACACCAAGGCGGCGAAGAAGGCUGCGCGCGAGGCCGCAACCGCCGAAGUGGCGGGUACGACCGUGAACAAGCGCGGCGCGCGCGAACUCGCCGUCGAGGAGAUGUGGAAGCCAACGGGUUCGGGUGUGGCAUUCUGGGAAGCGUGCGGAUUCGACCAUCCCGCGAACGCGCUCAAGCCCGCCUUCGACGCCUAUGUGACGAAGCACGGCCUGGUGGGGCGCGACUUCCGUACGAUCACGAUCGACGAGCCCCUCGCCGCUGCGCUCGGCAAGAGCAUGAGCCCCGGCGACAAGGUGAACAGAGACGAGAUCCUGCGUCGUCUCCGGAACGGCGUUGGGUGGAGCGUGUCCGUCGGCGGCGUCGUCAAAAAGGGCAACCUCCAGCCCGUCACUAUGUGCGUCAAGACGCGCCAGGGCCGGAAGCAGGUCACGCUCGUCAGCGGUCUUGAGGGCUUUGGUGUCGACAUUGACGAGUUUGCGGACGAGCUGAGGCGGCUGUGUGCCGGCUCUGCGUCGGUGCAGCCUCUCUCUGGUGCUAGCCCCAAGCUCAACCUGAAGGAGGUGCUUGUGCAGGGUAACCAGACCAAGCUUGUCAGUGAGGCACUCGUCGCGCGCGGCAUCCCGAAGCGCUGGAUCAAGGACGAGGGUAAGAAGAAAUAG